AUGGAGUAUGUUGUCACAUGGACGAUGACAUGUGCUCUCCUUUAGGCAAAGAGAAACAGAAGUUUUUAUCAAGUGAUAAAAGUAGGAAAGGAUCCGUAGAUAAGAAUAUUGUCGACUUAAUAGAUUAUAUCAACGAUCGGGCCGAAUAUUGUACCACAAGUUCUUGUUCUGGUCGCAUUGUCGUUUAUCAGCAACCAGAAAAUUCUGAUGGGCAAGUCAAGAAAGGAUGUCAUUGGUUAUUUGUAUCACACGAUCAAGUUAACGUAAAUGAUGUGCUGGAAUCUCUUAAAGAUCACAAAGAUUCUUCGGUGUUUAAAUUUGAGCCAUUUAUUUUGCAUGUUAGAUGUAUUUCACUCGAAGCUGCAAAGAAAUUGCUUACAGUUAGCAUUGCAUCUGGAUUUAGAAAUUCUGGAAUUACAUUAGGAAACAGUGGGAAAAUCAUGUUGGCUGUCAGAAGUACUCAUGGUUUAGAAGUUCCCCUAUCCUGCAAUGGAAACAUGUUAGUUUCUGAUCAGUAUUUAUCAUAUAUUGUGGAGAAAGGAAAUGAUAAGUUAUUAGAAAAUGAAAAAAAAAUUGAAAGAUUUUUUUCUGGUUUGAAAACUGCUGUAAAUAAUAUCGAAGUGACAGAGGAAGCAAGUUCCAAGCAAUUUAACAAAAUAAAAAUUAUUCCUCAUUCAGAAAAACGUUUGCCCGAAGCAUUCGAGGAAGAAUACAAACUGGACGGUUUGUCCGAACUUUUAACACAGCACAAAAUAUGACAUGUAAAUAAUAAAUAAAAAUAAAUUAACUGUAAUAAGAGUAGAAAUACGCCAGCGUUUUUCUUUCCUUAUUUUAAUAGAAUUAAUGCAAAGAAUUUCGAGAAUAAAUCAUAUUUCAGAGAUCUUUGAGAUUCAAAUAUAUAUCAUAUAUGCUGGACCUUAAGUUGACUUUUUAAGUCUAAAAUUAACUCUCUAAACUAAGGAUGACUUAUAUGACAA